AUUCACUUAUUACCAUUUGACGGGAAUAUAAACUAACUAAAAAGUGUAUUAAUUAUUGUAGUUAUUAGUCCAAAAAUUAGAAAUUCAAUUGCCCUACAAAAUGUCGUGAAUGAAAUGUUCAAGCGCAUGAAUGAAAAUAAUGCUCUUACGCGUUUUGCGAUGUCGCAUUAUAUUAAUAACUAUAUUUAUUGCUACUGGACUAUGUGUUUACUUGUGUCCGCAGUUUAAAUUGUAUCCGAUUGCUCCUGUGACUGUAGCUCCUAGCCCUUCACACCCCAGAACGUCCCGCCAUAUAUCAAAAUUGCUGACUGUAGUGUUCCGGCAAUUUGAAGACUUCGAAAAUGACGUCGCGGACAGCGUGCAGUCGUUCGUAUCGGCGUUCCCUAACGUGCCAGUGGUUGUGGUCUGCGAGACGACGCCGUACCCACCUUUUCCAUUCUCCGCUAGCAACGAGACCCUUCGGAACGUGAAGGUGGUAACAUUAGAGCUGCGGCUCAACGCUGCGCCAAAAGAAUUGGAUCCUUUGACGUAUAUUCACACUGAUUAUGUGCUAUUUGUACCUGACUCGACGCGCGUCUCGCGGCGGGUGCUGCAGCAAGCGGCUAUCGCCGCCACGGCGCCCUCGGCCCCUGCUGUAGCUAUAGGAGUCGCAAACGCGCGUCUUAUUUGCCAACAUAUCAAGUGGAAUUAUGCCGAUUGGACUCUUCAGUACAAUAAGGAUGCGUCUGGGAAGAUCUGUGAUGCAGUUCACGGGCAGCAUGCCUUAUUAAUUAAGACAGCAUAUUUGCACAGCUUCCCACAACCUUUUGCAUUGCCAUUCCCUGAGUCACUCUAUUUGCAAAUGUCUGCAAAAGAUCUAAAGGUACAAAUUCUUGAAGGAAAGUUAGGGGGAGGCAGAGGAGUGUUGAAAAGUCCCUCUGCAAGACAGAAGUCCAUACGCCAUAUGAGGGAUGCAAGAGUUGCUCUUUACAAGAUGUUGGGAGUCAAAGCUAUGAUUAGGGAAGAUGGGAGGGUGCAGUGGUUUGGAUGUAAAAGGGAAACACAACGUUGCUUCCCAUCAGUGCAAGGAACACCUUCAUACAUCCUAUCCCACCGUAACACGCCGCCAUGUUGCCGGCGCAACAUGCGGCGGAGCGCCGCGCACGUGCUGCGAGCGCUCGCGCAGGCCGGCGCGCGCUGCUGGCUAGAGACCACGUCGCUGCUGGGCGCCGUCGUGCGUGGAGAUCUCUUACCUUGGGCAGAGCAUGUGGAGAUCGGCAUCCACGAGUCCGACGUGCCGCGCGUGCCGUGGCUGCAGCGCGGUGGCGCAGACCCUGAGGGCUAUGUGUGGGAACGCGCAACUAAAGGACACUACUAUAGAGUGGCCUACUCUGCUACCAACAACGUGUACGUGCUAGUGCUUCCGUUUGCGGCCAAGAACGGGACCAUGUGGCCCGCGGACUGGGUGCUGGCGCAUCAGAAGCCCUUCCCGGAGAGGCACUUGCAUCCACUUGCGCAGAUACAAUUUGCUGGACGCCAGGCGCCGGCGCCAAACGACGCAAGCGCUUUCUUAGACCUCAAGCUCGGCGCCGCGGCCGUCGAGCGGUGCAACCGGAUUGGACCCAAGCUGUUAUACCCAUAAGGGUCAUUUUAGAUUGCCACAAAUGAAAACCUGCUACAAACAAAAUUUAUUGUGAAGAAUGUAGGAACAAGAAGUGUUCAGAACUGAUAUUUACUCGUACGACUAAAUAUAUUGGGUCAAGCAGAUCUUGUCAGUAGAAAAAGGCGGCAACUUUGAAAAAUGUAGGCGCGAAAGGAUAUCGUCCCAUGGAAAAUUUGAAAUUGGCGCCUUUUUCUACUGACAAGGUUUGCUUGACCAUCUAUACAAAUAUGAAAGGUCUAUUUGUGAGGCAUGUUCUUAGAGCAUUUAAUAACUGGAGUCGCCUUUAAGAGCUUACCCCUCUGCCGAAAAACUUGCACAAUUGUGCAAACUUUUGUAUGGGCUGACAUGGCUGAUUUGUACGUUACAUGCAAAUUAUGUAGAAAUAGCAAUACAUUUGACGUCCCCUCCCCCGCAAAAAUCGGCAGACUAUUUCGCAAAGAAAAUGACAGCGAUGACAUCUCCAGUUUCUAAAUGCUAUAAGGGCUCGUUAUAACAAUAGACAAGGCACAAUACGCGUGUAGUUAAGUAGUUUUAAAAAUAAUAUGAAAUCCCUAAUCCUUAUGGGUUGGUCUCGAACUGUCUAGUACACAAAAUGACUAGCGUAAUAUUUUGCCUGAAUCCCUUUUAGUCUACAUUGCAAACGGUCUAGAACACAAAAUAACUACAAUUAUUUAGACCUUUAUUUACCUACAUUUCGUCGGUUUAUCUUUACGUUAGCGAUGUCGACGGAGCCCCGCUGCUGCGCGGCUCCUAUUUCUGUGUUGUUUGGCCUUAGGCCAUUUAAAGAAACCUAACGAACCUAACCUACCUAUAUGUGGUCAUUUUGUGUUCUAGACCGUUUGCGAUGUAGACUAAAAGGGUUAUAGGCAAAAUAUUACACUAGUCAUUUUGUGUUCUAGACAGUCCGAGAUCAAAGCAUCCUUAUGUACGAGUAUGAUCUCAUGUCAUGUCUGUCUAGUCAUGAUUUCACCGCGACCAAAGAAAUUAGAAGUAAGUUUUAACAGUAUUUUUGAAUCUACUAGAUAAUUAUAAUGCUUGCCUUGAACGAGAUGUGUUUAGAUUUUGAUUAGUAUACGUUUUGAUCUCUAAAGCAUUUCAUAUGUUGUAAGAAAAAUAUGGAGAUUUUUGUGGAUAAGGUUGUCAUGUUACAAAACAAAAAGUAAUAAAUGGGGCAUUCCAGAA